AUGGCGUGCACCGCGUUAAAUAACGUGCCGAGCUCGCCCUUGACCGAAAUCUCCGACUCGGAAAUCUCGCUGCUCUCUCGCUCGCCCACGCCGCCCCCAGAGCCGAACUCGUUUGCCCAAGGGCGCGUCUACAUGUCGCCCUCGUCCUCGCGGCGCUCGUCUGCCAAGACCACGCCCGCUCCUGAAGACAUACCUUCACCGCCCUGCAGCAGCAACGACGACAACCCGCGUCCCGCAAAGAGGAGGAAGACGCUCGAGCCCAAGGAGCGCACCGCCGAAUACCUCGACCUGUCCCAGCCCGAGGUCCCCCCACACCAUCUGCCCCAGCUGCAGCGCCUGCUGACGGUGCUGCACAAGAAGCGCAAGAUUGUCGUUAUUGCAGGAGCUGGCAUCUCCGUGUCGGCUGGCAUUCCCGACUUCCGCUCCGCCACGGGCUUGUUCAACACGCUCAAAAAGGAGCACAAGCUCAAGUCCUCUGGCAAGGACCUCUUUGACGCCUCUGUUUACCAAGACGACACGUCGACGUCGACGUUUCACGACAUGGUGCGCACCCUCUCUCACCAUACCAAGUCCGCCCAGCCGACCGCCUUCCACCACCUGCUCGCGACCUUGGCCCAGGAAGGCCGAUUAAUGCGACUGUACACGCAAAACGUCGAUGGCAUCGAUACCUCGUUGCCGCCUUUGAGCACCCAGGUUCCUCUGCCCAAGAAAGGGCCCUGGCCCAAGACUGUGCAGGUACACGGUGGCCUGGACUACAUGUCGUGCUCCAAAUGUCACGCGGUAACACCUUUUGAUGCGGAAAAGUUCAACGGGCCUAGUCCACCCCCGUGCCCGAGCUGCGUGCAGAACGACGAGAUCCGCCAAGUUGCCGACAAACGAAGCCACGGCAUCGGCCGUCUGCGCCCACGCAUGGUCCUCUACAACGAGUACAACCCCGACGAUGAAUCUAUCGGCUCGUGCGCUUCCUAUGAUAUGCGCAUGCGACCAGACGCCGUGAUUGUCGCUGGCACCACGUUGAAGGUUCCGGGUGUACGGCGUAUAGCUCGCGAGAUGUGCAACAUUGUGCGCGACCGAAGGGACGGCGUCACCGUGUGGCUGAACAACGAUCCUGAGCCAGUCGGCAAGGAUCUCGAAGACAAGUGGGAUCUGGUAGUCAAGGGGCCUUGCGACGAAGUGGCUCGCCAUGCCAAUAUGCGUCGAUGGGACGACCCCAUGGACUACAAGACGGUCACGGAUGAGCAUCUUACCAAGAUCAAGGAGAAGCAAAAGGCCGAGGUUAUUAUUGGUACCCCUCGCAAGCCGGGAGUGCUUUGCAAUGCCGGUCAGCUGACACCUGGCCAAAGUCCACGUAUCCUUCCUCGAGCAUUCGACGAGGAACCCGAAACGCCUUCAAAGAAGGGCACAAAGAGAAAGGCAGACAUUCAGAAUGCCCAGCUAGAUCUGUUUGGCAAGGUCACAGGGAAAGCACCUACCAAGAAGCCCAGAGCGCAGCCAAAGAAGGUGACGGCGACGGCGAGUAAGACCAAGGCAAAGAAGGAGCCAAAGAAAGAGGCUCCCGCUAUCAACAAUGUCUUCAAAGCUACCAAAGGCGCGGCAAAGACUGCGGCAAAAAAUUUGAACAAGGCGUCUGACCCUGCUCUUACAGUACCCCAAUCCAAGUUCAACCCGCAGUUGAGGCCAAAAGAAAAUAUUAAUGACACGACUGUUGUUGUUGGGAAGGGCCGGAAUCCCACUACGCCCAGGAAGGCGAAAAAGCUUACAAAAAUAAAGCCCGACUACAACUACUUGCAGCCGCUGUCGAAUGUUGACGGCCGCAACAACUCGUCGCCAACACGGCCACCUGUCGAGAGUUUCACACCCACCAAAGACCGUACGCCCAAUGCUCAGAUUGAGGAAGAGAUGGCAUUUGCGCACGCCACAUGUACAAGUGAAUCUCGUCCUUCAUCCUCCGGCAGCGCACAGCGGCACGUAAUCGAGAGUCCUACAGGUGCCGUUCCCAAGAACAUGAACCACCUUCUCUGUUAGCCUGUAUUGCAUUUUUCGGUGUUGGUGGUACCGCUUCUUUUCUCACUCGCAUUUGCGUGUACCAUGACAGCAUGUAGGCGUUUGCUUUUUACGCGCAGACGAAUGUCAGCUGUACCAGUACCUUUUUUUCCUUGUUGGCCAUGCAUAUUCUACUUUUUUUUACUGCAUGAUACCCACGCGGACCCCUGAUGGAGACAGAUACGGCGUCUUGAGGUCCCCCUACACGUGCAGGGUUAUGUUUAGGAGAUAGUCUAGAACUCUUGCCUCGAUUGAUAUUU